AUGCGGCGGCGCACACGAGGACCACCGCGGCUGGUACGGUACUCGGCUUCGGCAGGGACGUCGUCCUCUCCCCUCACGGUCGGCGCUUCGCCCUCCAACCCCACCACCGAUCAUCCCCUCAGCCGGCACCCUGCAACGCCGCAAACCAACAACCACCACCGAUCUUCGGCCGGGGUGGGAGCGUUAGGGGGGUACCCGACUGACGACGACGCCGAAUAUAGGAGGACGCUCCGCCCACCGGGCCGGUUCGUGGUGGAACGGAUGGGGCAGGGGGUCGGCGGCGGGGUGGAGUCUGCGUAG